CGCUUGUGAGACGUUCAAACAGUAACAUCUUCAAACUUGGAAUAAAAAGUUAUGUAAAAUGAGAGAAAGUGAUUCGAAAAUUGUAAUUGUUCAGGCACCCUGUGGGCCUAUAAAGGGAAUAACUGAAGUAUCCGAUUUCAAUUAUGAGUACGCGAGUUUCUACGAAGUUCCCUACGGAAAGCCGCCAUUGGGACCGCUUCGCUUUAAGGAUCCUGAACCUCUUGAACCAUGGUCUGGACUAUUUGAUGCAACUGUCGGUGUACAGAAUACAGUGGAGGAUCAAAUAAUAAAUGAAGACUGUCUCAGGUUGAAUAUUUACACCAAGAAUACCAGACUGGAGGGUAAUCCUCAUCCAGUAAUGGUUUUAAUUGCUGGUGGACAAUUUGUGCGGAUCCGUAAUCACAAGGAUUACUCCGGACCGAAUUAUCUGCUACAGAAAGACGUUAUUCUGGUUACAAUGAGACAUCGUUUAGGCGCUCUAGGGUUCCUAUCGAGUGAUGAUCCUGCCAUUGGGGUACCAGGAAAUGCUGGCCUUAAAGAUCAAGUUCUAGCAUUGCGGUGGAUUCAGGAGAACAUCGCAGAUUUCGGAGGAGAUCCCGAAAAUGUGACGCUGUUUGGUUUUAGUGCAGGAGCUUGUUGCAUUCAUUACCACCUCAUGUCUCCCCUCUGCAAAGGACUCUUCCACAAAGCCAUAAUGAUGUCAGGAUCGGCCUUCUUUGCACGUGGCCUUAUGCCAAAGCUCAAUUGGGCCAUUAGGUUGGCUAGAAAACUCGGAUGGGAAGGGGAAGAUUCCGAUGAAGCAUCUGCUUUUGAAUACCUACGUAAGGUUGAUGUAAAAGCAAUGAAGUCCACUGAGCAGACUCUUCUGACCGAUGAAGAAAAAUUCAAUGGCCUAGAAUCAAUCUAUGGACCCGUAAUUGAAGCCUAUAAGUCUAGGAUGUGUAUUAUACCCAAACAUCCUGAUGAGAUGAUUAAGAACGCUUGGGGUCAUUCCAUUCCACUCAUUAUUGGCGGAGUACAAGAUGAGGGACUACUCUUCUAUAAAGAUGUCAAAGAAAAUCCAAAAUACUGGGAUAAUCUCAACACAAACUCUUCUGUCCUACUUCCGUACAACUUAACACAGGAACCCUUCAAGAGAGAACUAUACGGGAAUAGACUCAAACUCUUCUAUUUCGGUCGUGAUUAUGCAACAGUUGUGGACAAAUUGGACUCCUACAUAAAGCUAAUAGGUGACAGGAACUUUUGGUACGGGAUUUACAGAGCAAUAAUUGAGCGACUUAGGAAUACAGACUACGAUCGUAGGGGUCCUACAUGGGUCUACCGGUUUGCCUAUGAAUCUCCGACAAUGAAUAAGUAUCGUUUGGCAGACUAUGCCCGGGGAUUCCCAGGUGUAUCCCACGCAGACGAUAUUCUCUACAUAUUCUCCAACAAUGAAGGCUACGGAACCCCAAAGGAAGGUACUCCGGAAUACGUAAUGAUGCAGUUAAUGGUUGGAAUUUAUACGUCAUUUGCCAUCAAUGGUGAUCCAAAUAAUGAUCUACUUGACGCAGCCAUGGGGAAGUGGGAACAAAUAUCUUGUUCAAAUCCUCUAUUUGGUUGCAACAUUGCUAAUCCACCGGAAAUGAUGGAACUCCCAGAGAAGGAAAGAGUUGUCUUCUGGGAUACGCUCUACAAAGUUAGUCGUGAACAGGUGAUUGUGCCAAGAGACAAGGAAGUUUGGGAUUAACAAGACGCCAUUUUGAACUAAAGGUUUCGCAAUUGGAAAAUUUUGAAAAAUGAAUUAAACCAGUAAAUUAAACUGAUAUCGAUUCAAUAAACUGCAUAAACAGAUUAAA